AACAUAAAUAAAACAGUCGCACAAACACACAUGCUGGAUUGCUGUUUUGUUAAUAUAUUUAUUUAAUCGUUAAUUGACAAUCAAAAUAAGAUGGACAAGUCAAUUAUUUUGCAACAAAAAGUCAGAGAUAAUUCAAAAAGUUUGCAGGAUGAAUUUUUUGAUCUAAAAUUUUGGGAAGAAGAGAUGAAAAAAAAUGAUAAAAAAAUCCAAGAUGCAAAAGCAGGAAAAGAUGAGGAACUCCCGCCAAUAAGAAAAAAAAAAAUCACAAAAACAUCAAUGACAAAAACAAAGGACAAUGAAACUCAAUCAAAACGAAUAAAAUCUCAUGAUUAUGCAUCUUGGGAUCAAUUUGAUGUUGAAAAAGCAUGUGAUGAAAUUGAAAAAGAUAAUGAAAAGACUGAAGAAUAUGAAGAAGUUAAUUCUGAAGAAGAAUUUGAAAAAAAUCAUGAAAUGGCAUCAAAAAAAAAAAUAUUAGGUAAUAAAUAUGUUAAAGAACAAAAAUGGGAAAAAGCAUUGUCAUGUUACAGUGAAGCAAUUAAAAUAUUUCCAUUUGACGCUGUUUUUUUUGCAAAUCGUGCAAUGUGUCAUUUAAAAAUGAAUAAUUUUUAUUCAACUGAAGCUGAUUGUACAACUGCAUUACAACUUGAUGGUAAUUACAUCAAGGCUUAUCACAGAAGAGCAACAGCACGAAUGGAACUUAAACAGUUUGAUGAUGCAAUUGAUGAUUUAAAACAAAUAUUGAGUCUCGAAAAAAAUAAUAAAGAAGCACAAAAGUUACUUGAAAUUGCCCAAAAAGCUUUUGAUAAAAAAUUGGGCAUAAAUAUUAACAAAAAACCUGUCAAUAAAAUAACAAAAUCUGAGGUAAAAGAUGAAAUAAUUAAAAAAAAAAUUGAAGUUAAAGAUGAAAUUGUUAAAACCAAAUCUGAUGUUAAAGAUCAAAUUAUUGAAACAAAAUCCUUGAAAGAUACAACGACAACAAUUGAAGAUAAAAAAUCCAAAGAUAUUUCAGAAGUAAAUAAGAUUGAAGUUAUAAAAAAAUGUGAUACUGUUGAAGAUGAUGAUAAAUCAUUUCCAGAUUGGUUGCCUUAUCUUGAAAAAGAUGUUAAAGUUGUUAAAGUUAUUGAUAAAUUACCACAUCAAAGAAGCAAAAAACCUUUAAAAUCAAUUACCAUUGUUCCCAAAGAUUUAACAAAGACACCAACACAAGUUGAUGAAAAAUUAUCAAAUAUAAAUAAAGAAAAAGUUGUAAUAAUACCAGAUGAAAUAGAAUUACAAAAUGACAUUGAAGCUGAUGUACCACCAGUUCCAACAUCAUCAAUUAAAUUUCUUGAAACUUGGAAAAAACAUAAAUCACCAAAUUUUAGAUAUAAAUAUUUAAAGCAAAUUAAUCCAGAAUUAAUUCCAAAAAUAUUCAAGGAUUGUAUGGACUCUGAUACAUUUAGUGAAAUUUUUAGUAUUCUGACAAGUCAUUUCAUCAAAAAUCAAGAUCCUGUUUUUAAUUAUAUCAAAUUUUUGAGUAAAGUUAAGCGUUUUCAAACACUUAUCAUGUUCAUAUCUGAAAAAGAUAAAAAAGAUUUAAUUUCAUUAUUUGAUUACUGCAAGGCAACUGAAAAUCAACCUGAUGGAAAUAUAAAAGAAAUGAGUAUUAAGUAUGAGCUGUAAUUAAGCAAACAAUAUUUAAAAAAAAAAAAAA